UUUGCCGGGAAAAUUGCAGAUAAUUUUCGCGGGAUCUCAUGUUAUCUCACAGUUCCUAUCCGCAGCUCCUCAUCGAUAUAUCAAACAUUUCAAAACCAUCUGCUUCUGCCACUGCAACCAAAGAUUUGUCUCCACAAUCGUCUCUAUUAACCCUAAUCCUGAAUCUAAAGCCCCUUAUUUUUUCCCUAUUUUUUCAAUUUUCACCAAGAAAACAAGUGGAAGAGGUUUCGAUCUAAGAUCUCUGUUCAGGAAAUAUGUUGCAGACUACAAUUGAAACUUUGAGUGACCAUUCAGAUUAUCAUGCCUUGUCGAAAAGAGAUCCAAUGAAGGUCUGGCAGGAAAUGAAAGAGAAUGGAUUCCUUACACCUUCAGUUGCCCAGAUGCCUGUACAAAAAAAGCAGUCUAAGAAACGUGAAAAUGAUAAUUCCAACAGGAAAAGGGCACUUGCAAAGAUGCAAGAAGUCAACAAUUUCAAUAAGAUUGUUGCAUCUCCAUGUGAGUUGCUCAAGGAACAUAAUCCUGAGAUCAUGCCUUCCAAUGGGGUGACGCCAAUGCCAAAACAGCGCAGCAAGAAGUGCAGGACUGACCUGCCCGUGGAGGUGAAGAAGGUUGAAAAGGUCCAAGAGAUUAACAAGUUUACUGAGAUUGAUGCACCCAGUGGGUUGCUUAACAAACUUAAUCCAGGAAUCAUAAAUCGGAUAAGAAGCAGUGAACAAGUCUUUAAAGUUAUCAAUGCUUUAGUUAGAAGAGAUGAGAUAGGAUUUGGCAAUGUCCAGAAGGCAGAAGCUGAAUGCAACGGAAAGGGAUCCGGGGAAAAUAAUGGACAAGGCUCAAAUAGUUUAUCAUGCACAAGCCAGGUGGAAACGUUUUCUGGAACUGAAGAUAGACUUUUUCAAAUGAAAUCAGAGCAUGAAGAAGACAUCAGCAAUUUGGAGGUACCAAUGAUAAAGGUAGAGAAUGAGGAUGAGAAAGAUGAGUCAUUUACCUCAAAUAUGAAAUCAGAAAGCGUUAGCAGUUCUGCCUCCAAUGAGAAAUCAGCAAAUAAAGCAAGCGUUUCUUCUCUUUCUCAAGAAGGUACUGUAUCUUCUGAGUGGUUACAAUUUCUUUACCGGGAUGCUGCAAAUCGUCUUGCAGCUUUGAGGCGGAGUCAAAUGAGGGUUCAAAAUGUAAUCCAGACAGAGUUGCCUUCUAUUGUAGCAAAAGAGUUUCCACCUAACCAAGAAAAUGAACAAUUGCCUGCCGUUGGUUGCCCAGUUUCGGCAACCAUGAAGAUGCAUCUAGCAAAGUGGAAUCCUCUGUUUCAUCAAAUGGAUAAUGCACUCAAAGAAGAGGCAAAGCACCUCGAACAGUGGUUGAACCAAGUAAGAGAAAUGCAAUUGCACAUGAAUGAUGGCUUCCAUUUUUAUGAUUCGUGAACAAGAUACUUUCAAAACAGUCAUUGAUAUCAGAUUGUGACACCAGAGGAGCUCCAAAUUUUGGACGUGGAAUGAGGCUUGUUAAACUUCUCCAUCUACACCUCAAGCAUCCUUAACUAGUUACCACAGCUUGUGCAGAUAUGUAAAUGCAUGACAUGGAAGAAAUUGCUUAUUUGGGAGAUAUUAGGCUCCUUUUCCCCUUAAUUAGGCUGCUAUUGAAGUUCAGACUGGCAAUCUCACAUUCUCAUAGACGACUCUCAACUGCUUUCUAAUGUUUGGCCUUUUGUGUAAAAGGCUCAAUGUCUUGGGUUUUUGACCAAAAUAAUGCUAGUCUAAAAAGUAAACAAGCAAAUAAAUGAAAAGGAUUUCUCUAUCCAUGUCUCAUGUGCGUGUUCCUGCGGUUCCUUUUUUUUUUUUUUCUGGUAAAGUUUGCUUCAGAAACUACCACAGCGUAGUUUUGGAAAUAGUCCCUAACCUAGCAGUAUUUUGGUCAUAAACCCUAAUCUUUUGUGUAAAAGGCCAAUUAAUGAUGCAAAAAAAAAUUGAUCAAAUAAGGGCACACAUUGCAUGUAUGUAUUAGAAGCUGCCCCUACACCACCCAGUUGCUAAAAUCUGCUAUUUUUUGAAAGCUGAAGCUUUUCACUUGUAUGGAAGUUCAUGUCAUAUGUUGGAUAUGUCCUUGGAACUUUGUUGGACAUUUCCACUGGAAAAAAAAAAAAAAAAA